AUACAUUCAGCGCUAACAUGGAAGCUCUCUCUCUCCUCCUCCUCUUCUCUCUAUCCUGAUCAACAAUUUCCCUCUUUCAAUUUUUAUUUUUUUUCAAACCCCUAUUUUUUAGGAAACCCUAGAAUUCAAUCACCAACUGUUUAUCUCUCUCCUCUCGAAUUCCGUUCUUAAUUCUUCGCAUACAUUGUUGAAUCGUUUACGCCUGCAAAUUCGUCUGAUCGCGUUCUUUCGUGUUAAUCAAUCAAUUAUACUGAUUUUGUUCGUUUGAUUGAUUUGAUUUUGGUUUUUAUUCGAUUAAAUUGAUUGAUGAAGCGGUUUCGGAGAUGGCAGAGGAUCUUCAUCCUCUUUCUUCUCUCACUUUCUGUAUUUGCUCCCCUGGUUUUAGUCUCCAUUAGACUCAAAACUCUUACUUCUGAAGGGAAAAACAAAUUCGUCGAAGAUUUACCGAGUAUUAUGCAGCAAUAUAAGUCAGAUGUAAUACUACUAAGUGCAGUUGGACAGGAAGCAAGAGAGGGUGUGAAAGAGCCUAGACCAGAAGUUUAUAGAGAUCAGAAUUACUCUGUAGUUAAUUUUAAUCAGAAUCAGGGUGGGGAUUCGACGGUGCAGGGUUCGAGGACGAGUGACGUCAAGGUGGAGUCUGGAUCAGAAAGAAGGGGAACUCAGCAACUUGUUGGAGAAGAAGUCAAGCCAAUUAAGCCAAGGGAAGAACUCGUAACUGUAAAAACCAAGGACCACUCAGAUCAAAUUUCUAGUCAACAUGAUCAUGGAGUCCGAGCCCCUCGUCUAACAGUUCAUCAUAGCAACAAUUCACGCAACGAGACACGGAAGGCUACAGAUGAGAAGGUGAAGCAAAUGAAAGAUCAGGUAGUUAGGGCCAGGGCAUACUUGAGUUUUGCUACGACUGCAGGUAAUACCCAUUUAGUGAAAGAGUUGAAGCUACGUAUAAAAGAAGUUGAACGAGCAAUGGGGGAAGCCAGAAAAGAUUCAGAAUUAUCGAGAGGUCGCUUGCAGAAAAUGAAAUAUAUGGAGAGCACCUUGUCAAAAGCAAGUCAUGUAUACCCAGAUUGCUCAAAUAUGGUUAAUAAGCUCCGUGCAAUGACACACAGUGCUGAAGAACAAGUCCAGUCACAGAGGAAGCAGACAACAUUUCUUACUGAGCUUGCAGGAAGAACAACCCCAAAAGGCCUUCAUUGUCUCUCUAUGAGGCUCACUACAGAUUACUUUAUGUUGCAGCCUGAAAAACAGAUGCUUCCCAAUCAGCAAAAUGUUAACAACCCAGAUUUUCAUCAUUAUGUUACUUUCUCUGAUAAUGUCUUGGCUGCUGCAGUGGUUGUGAACUCCACAGUCUCCAAUGCCAUGGAACCCGAGAGAGUCGUCUUUCACGUAGUGACAGAUUCUCUUAACUUCCCCACAAUCUCUAUGUGGUUUUUGUUAAAUCCUCCUGGAAAAGCCACCAUCCAGGUCUUAAAUAUGCAAGAUUUUCAAUGGUGGAAUAUGUUUGAAUCAUCACAGGAGAAGCAAAGUUCUAGUGAUCCUAGAUAUUCAUCUCUACUCAAUCACCUACGCUUUUACCUUCCUGAAAUUUUCCCGCAGCUCGGUAAGAUAGUAUUUCUCGACCACGAUGUGGUGGUUCAGAAAGAUCUAAGUGGUCUCUUGACCAUUGAUAUGAAGGGGAAAGUUAACGGAGCAGUAGAGACAUGCCAAGAAGACAAGUCUUCGUUCAGGCAAAUGGCAAGGUUCAUCAAUUUUUCAGAUCCACUUGUGGCCCGGAAGUUUGAUGCCAAUACAUGUACGUGGGCGUUUGGGAUGAACUUGUUUGACCUAAGACAGUGGAGGCAUCAUGAUUUGACCUCAAGCUACCGUAGAUUCCUACUAAAGGGCAAUGGAAGACCUCUUUGGAAAGCAGGAAGUUUACCUCUAGGUUGGAUCACUUUCUAUAAUCGAACAUUACCUUUGGACCAGAGAUGGCAUCUUUUAGGGUUAGGGUUCGAUUCAGUGUUGAGGUUAGAAGACAUUGAACAAGCAGCAGUUAUACACUACGACGGAAUCAUGAAACCUUGGUUAGAUAUCGGGAUAAAGAAGUACAAAUCAUACUGGAACAAAUACGCGAAUUAUGAUCAUCCCUACAUGCAACAAUGUAAUCUUCACGGGUAAAUUAAUAAUACAAAAGUAUAAAUUGGCUCACACACGUCCGUCAAGACCCCCCGUGAAGGCGAAGAAGACACUCCUUUCCUUAAAUAGAAGGUUUGUCGCCAUUGUCGGGGGACUUGCAGAUACAUCAGGAUCGGGAAAUUCAGUUACCAACAGCGGAAACUCACAGUAUAUUCUUUUUGCCAAAUUUGGCAUGGUUGUUUAACUGCUCUUUGAAGUCAUAUACAGAAACAUAUACAAGAAAUAGUUCAUUCUUUCUGACUAAUUAAAUUCAUGUAAAUUGGACUGAUAUGAUUCUUUCCUGUUUCAGUUAUCCUGCUCAGAGUAUUCUAGGAAUAGCUGAUCUGAGCCAGCUUAUAGCAAUAGUGAGAGCAGAAUGAGAAUUUUUUUUGCAGAGUUUUUGUAGUGGAAGUUGAUUUACUUGUAUAUAACUCGAUCAGAAGCUGUUGCAGCAUUAUUAUCUGAGAAAUUUAUUCUGAAAAUUGAAAAUUGGUAUUGUUGUUAUAUUGACUUUAUUAUUGGAA